GACAUAGAGCAGCCACCGGGAAGCAGAGAGGCUGAUACCGACAGGGAGAGAGAGGGAGGCAGCCAUUUUGGCAUUUACAAUUCUCACUGCUGUUUUUAAGUCAUUUUAUUUUAUUUUUUCAUUCAGGGGGGACAUAGCAGGGAUAUAAAAGCAGGUGUUCCCUUUAAGAGGGAAAGGAUCAGGACCAAGGACAGCAUCCUCCAUCUCCAUCCUCCAUCUCCAGCUCCUGUAUAGGUACCACAGUUUGAGAGGAAGUCCGAGUGACCGGGCCAGACUUCAACCUCAGUCCCUCCACCUACAUGGAGCUCAGCUGUUAUGGAUGGGAGAAGCCUAACCCUGUCUGAGAAACCCCUAUGAACAACAGACCCAAUGGACAUCAAAGGCCAGUCCUGGACUGAUGAGGAAUCAGAUGGGGAGAAUGAGUCGGAGCAGUUCCUCUAUGGGAUCCAGGGGAGCUGUGCUGCUGACCUGUACCGACACCCUCAACUGGAUGCAGACAUCGAGGCAGUGAAGGACAUCUAUACCGACAGUGCUGUCUCUGUCAGAGAGUAUGGAACCAUUGAUGAUGUGGACAUUGACCUUCAGAUUAAUAUCAGUUUCUUGGAUGAGGAGGUGGCAACUGCCUGGAAGGUCAUCCGAACAGAGCCCAUCAUUCUGAGACUACGGUUCUCUCUCUCCCAGUACCUAGAUGGACCGGAACCGUCAGUGGAGGUGUUCCAGCCCUCCAAUAAAGAGGGCUUCAGCCUGGGCCUGCAGCUCAAGAAGAUCCUGAGUACGUUCACGUCCCAGCAGUGGAAGCACCUCAGUAAUGAGUUCCUGAAGGCCCAGCAGGAGAAGAGACACAGCUGGUUCAAGGCCGGGGGAACCAUCAAGAAGUUCCGCGCAGGACUCAGCAUCUUCUCUCCCAUCCCCAAGUCCCCCAGCUUCCCUCUGAUCCAGGACACGGUUCUGAAGGGGAAGCUGAGUGUUCCAGAGCUGAGGGUGACCCGGCUCAUGAAUCGCUCCAUCUCCUGCACCAUGAAGAACCCCAAGGGGGAGCUGUUCAGCUACCCCCCCAACAGCCAGACUGUGGCUGUCCCGGCUGCCAGGGCCCCAGCGCAGAUUACCACGAGGCAGCUGAUUGAAUUGUUUUUCUCAUCCCAGGCGGGCGGCCACUGCAAGAACAUCCCUACCUUGGAGUAUGGCUUCUUAGUACAGAUAAUGAAAUACUCGGAGCAGAGGAUCCCUACUCUCAAUGAGUACUGUGUGGUCUGUGACGAGCAGCACGUCUUUCAGAACGGAUCCAUGUUGAAGCCGGCUGUGUGCACUAGAGAGCUAUGUGUGUUCUCCUUCUACACUCUGGGGGUGAUGUCAGGAGCAGCAGAGGAGGUGGCAACUGGAGCAGAGGUGGUGGAUCUGCUGGUGGCUAUGUGUCGGGCUGCUCUGGAGUCUCCUCGUAAAAGCAUCAUCUUUGAACCCUACCCGUCUGUGGUCGACCCCAACGACCCCAAGACUCUGGCCUUCAACCCAAAGAAGAAGAACUAUGAGAGAUUGCAAAAAGCACUGGACAGUGUCAUGUCCAUCCGCGAGAUGACCCAGGGCUCAUAUCUGGAGAUUAAGAAACAGAUGGACAAACUGGACCCCCUGGCUCACCCUCUACUGCAGUGGAUCAUAUCCAGUAACAGAUCCCAUAUCGUCAAGCUGCCUCUGAGCAGGCAACUGAAGUUCAUGCACACAUCCCACCAGUUCCUAUUACUCAGCAGCCCGCCUGCCAAGGAGGCACGCUUUCGCACGGCCAAGAAGCUCUACGGCAGCACCUUUGCCUUCCAUGGUUCCCAUAUAGAGAACUGGCACUCCGUUCUGAGAAAUGGACUAGUCAAUGCCUCUUAUACCAAACUGCAGCUGCAUGGUGCAGCCUAUGGAAAGGGUAUCUAUCUCAGCCCCAUCUCCAGCAUUUCCUUUGGAUACUCAGGGAUGGGUAAAGGACAGCACCGCAUGCCCACCAAAGAUGAGCUGGUGCAGCGUUACAACCGAAUGAAUACCGUUCCACAGGUGCAGUGUCUGAUGAGCCGUCCUAUCCAGUCAAGGUUUCUCCAGAGCCGGAAUCUAAACUGCAUUGCCCUUUGUGAAGUGAUCACGUCCAAGGACCUGCAGAAGCACGGCAACAUCUGGGUGUGUCCUGUGUCCGACCACGUCUGCACGCGCUUCUUCUUCGUGUACGAGGACGGCCAGGUGGGAGAUGCCAACAUCAACACCCAGGAGCCCAAGGUGCAGAAGGAGAUAAUGCGUGUGAUCGGCACCCAGAUCUACUCCAGCUAAUGGAGGCUCCCCGGUGGCCCUUGGAGGAACAGGGAAAUGAGACCGGAGAGUCAAAAUGAUGACAGAGAGAAUACUGGUGCCCUCUAGACUGCUGAAUCUGAGAGAGCAUGAUGCAAAACCCAAAGCACUGUCGCACUGACUUGUGACUUGCUCCAUAAAGUACAGUCCAUCCCACUCUGAGAGACUAGGGCAGUGACCCCAG